UGAAGGGCUGUCGAGGGGAGGGGGGGGCUGAAGAAGAGGAGCUGUCAAAAAGGUAUUCCCGAGUCUCAGUCAAACAGCGGAGGGCUGAGGCUCGGUAUCCCUCCCCCUAACGUUAUUUCGAGGACACACAAGGCCCGGGGCCUCGGUGCAGUUGGCUCUUCGUCUCCCUGGUAGUAGCUGGACCCUGAUCGGCUUCUCCUGUCCCAGCUCCGCGGCCCUCUGGAGGUCCGGCGGCGGUGUCGGGUGUUGAAGGCGGCCCGGGGAGCGGCGGCGUCAGCGGAGACGGGAAGAAGAUGUUCAAGAUGAAGGCGGCCCGCUGCCACGACUGACGCCCCAGUGCGCUGAACAGAACGAGCAGUCCUGACCCGGCAACAUACGAAUGGCCCAGGGAAGCCACCAGAUUGACACUCAGGUUUUGCAUGACCUGCGCCAGAAGUUCCCUGAAGUACCAGAGGGUGUUGUCUCCCAGUGUGUUCUGCAGAACAACAACAAUUUAGACGCCUGCUGUCAAUACUUGUCCCAGGUCAGUCCAGGUUACCUGUACAGCGAAGAAGGAAACCUCAGCUUCACUGACGACCCCAGCUUCAUUCGGCUCCAGAAUCACAUGACCCAGCUGAACCUGGGCCUGCAGUCUCAGAAUGUGCACGUGGCCCCGGCGCGGGACGGCCUGAGAAUGAACGGCAGCCGGACUCUGGCCCACAGCCUGAGCGACGGGCCCCUCCAGACGAGCCAGGCCCCCAACAGUGACUUCUUUCAGCAGGAGCCCCAGUCAGCCCCAGUGCAGGUGCCCUCCAGCCUCAAUGUGUUUGGUGUGAUGGAGCCAACGCGCAAACCGCAGCCUCCGCAGCACCUGGGACUCUACCCUCUGGGUGUCAAAGGACCGAACAUGGGCGGCCAGCAGAUGCCGCGCUUCAACCCCAUCACCGUGACGCUAGCCCCCAACACGGGCCGCAACACCCCUACUUCUUUGCACAUACACGGCGGGCCUCAGUCGGGCCUAAACAGUCCACAGGGUAACUCUAUCUACAUCAGGCCCUACGUAAGCCAGUCCGGUACGAGCCGGCAGAACCCGCAGCAGGGAGGCAGGGCCCAGUACAGUCCCACCUCCCAGCCCCAGCAGCAGAUCUACCAGAUCUCUCACCCCUCUCCUGGCUCCUGGUCAGGCCCUCCGCACGCCUCCUCCUCCUCCUCCUCCUCCUCCUCACAUACCUCACAGCACCAGACCCAGGGCCACCAGACCUCUCACGUCUACAUGCCGAUCAGCUCCCCGACAAACCCCCAGGCCCCCUCCAUCCUCCCGAGCGGAAGCCAGGCCUCUUCCUCCAGCGUCUCCUCAUGCUCCUCUUCCUCCUCCGCCUCCUCCGUCAUGCCCUCCCUGUCCACCAUCAGCCAGUAUAACAUCCAGAACAUCUCCACCGGCCCCCGGAAGAAUCAGAUAGAGAUCAAACUUGAAUCUCCUCAGAGGAGCAACUCCGCGACGGCCGUGCUGCGGACGAGCAGCGGGCCCCGCUCCUCCUCCACUCCGUCCUCCUGCCCUUCCUCCUCCUCCUCGUCUUCGACCGGGGUGGCCGCUGUCCCCACCACCCCUCUCUCCAUCGGAGGCCCGGGUCUGAGCCGCAGCCAGCCCACUGUUUACAUCUCUGCCAGCCCGCCUACUGCUGCUAUCACCCCCUCUGAGGAUGCCGUCGUGGCCCCAGCCGGCUCCCGCACCCAGCCCAAGUUUUACAUUUCUGCCAACGCCUCCAGCGACGACAGUGGGGGUCGGAACCCUCCCACAGUCUACAUCUCAGCCAACCCUCCGUUGCAGGGGCCCAUCGGGGGUCAAGUGAGCAUGGGCCCCGCCUAUAUCCACCACCACCCACCUAAGUCCCGUGCCUCCGUGGGAGGGGGAGGCACGGCUUCUUCUCCGCGUGUGGUGGUGACUCAGCCCAACACCAAAUACACUUUUAAAAUCACCGUGUCCCCCAAUAAGCCCCCGGCGGUGUCCCCCGGAGUCGUGUCCCCUACUUUUGAGCCCAACAAUCUCCUCAGCCUACCGCAAGACCACCACUUUGCGGAGCCGGACCCCCUCCAUCUCUCAGACCCACUGUCGCCACACAGGGAGAGGCCGAGUGAACCUCGCCGACUCAGCAUGGGCUCUGAUGAUGCAGCUUACACACAAGCGUUGUUGGUGCAUCAGAAGGCCCGCAUGGAGAGGCUGUGGCACGAGCUGGAGCUGAAGAAGAAGAAGCUGGAGAAGCUAAAAGAGGAGGUCAACGAGAUGGAGAACGACCUGACCAGGAGACGGCUGGAGAGAUCCAACUCUGCCUCCCAAAUUCCUUCUAUCGAGGAGAUGAAGCAGCUGCGAUGCAAAAACAGGUUACUGCAGAUCGACAUCGACUGUCUCACCAAAGAAAUCGAUCUCCUUCAAGCAAGAGGACCACACUUUAAUCCCAGUGCAAUCCAUAAUUUCUAUGACAACAUUGGAUUCCUUGGUCCUGUCCCACCCAAACCCAAAGGUACUUUAUCUAUUGACUCGGGCAGUAAGAGCGUGAAGCCCAUAGCAGACCAGGAAGAGGACGAGGGGACGCAGUGGAGCUGCACGGCCUGCACCUUCCUCAACCACCCCGCCCUCAACCGCUGUGAACAGUGCGAGUUCCCGCGGCACUUCUGAGCCAGCCAGGCUGCAACGCGCCGCCCCCACCCAACCUCCCU